AUGGCUCAGCAGAGACACUUCGCGAUCGUAAUCGAGGACAGAGGCAACGAAGAAGCUGCUGCGACCAUCCAUAACCGUCCCCACGCAGAUGCGACCAAUUUCGUGGCGUCCAACGACCCUCCGCCCAACAUCAGAACCAUCAUCCCGAAGAAGCUCGCUGUUGAGCGGGCCGAAUCGGAGAUUGUGGGGCAUGCUGAGUUGCUAGAAGCUGUCCUCCACGACAUCGACUCCUUCUACACCCAGACCGGGCAGAUUGCAACCAUGCGCGCAUCGCUUAAAGUAGCGGUUGCCAGUUGCCAUGCCGGUCAGUCAUUUAACCAGCACCUGCCCCCCAAGUCGAUGCUCCUGGCGGCGAGAUACUGCGAUUUUGAAAAUAGCAUCGAUCCCAUCCUCGCUGGCAAUCUCGCCCGCUUGAACCGCUUAGACCUCGCCCAAGCCGGAAACGCCUCUUGCGGCCAGCCCGGUAUUGAGUGUAUAAACGCUCAGAAACUGUCCAAAUCACAAGAAACCAUCCAAGUUUUGAAAAAGGAAGUGGAGCGAAUGGGGGAAGACACUAAGCAUCUCCUCAGUGAGAUAGCAAUCCUAGAAGACCUGGUCUUCUAA